AUGAGGACGUUUAAAAAGAAGAAUCCAGUGCUUGUCAAAGUGGAGAGUUCACCCAACUCGAAAAAAGUCUCCCUCUUCAAUGAUAUUAACAGUGAUGAUGAAAAGAAGAAGAAACGUACCAGAAGAAAGAGUGAUGAUGACAUUUUCGGUGAGAAUGUAUUUGAUGAAACUUUGAAGGAAAAGACAAAGAAACGUUCAAGCCUUGAUUCAUCAUCACAAUCAAAAUUACCAUCAACUCCAAAGAAGAGUCCGAAACCAUCUUCAUCAAAAUCAACACCAAGCAAGAGUCCAAAAGUUGGCACACCAAAAACUCCAAAAACACCAAAUUCAAAAUCACCAGGAAAGAAAUCAUCAUCUGCUGAGGAUAACUUCUUCUCCGAUGAUCUUUUUGAUGACGUUUUUGAUUAUUCUUCAUCAGAAGAUGAAUAUGGAGAAAAGGAAAUUAGAGCACUCAAAAAACAAAAGAGAAUGUCAUCAACUUCAAUUAAGGUUUCAGGAAAGGAGUUGGAUAAGAAGGAGAGUAUUUUAAACUAUUUAGGUGGACUCAAUUCUAGAUCUUUGGAUAUUAAAUGUUCAAGUGCUAGCUCACUUGCACAAAUGUUUUCACAGGAAGGAAAUGAUUUGGGAAUUUUCCUCAGAGCUCACUCCAUGGUUAAGUCUAUGGUUGAAACUCUAUGCACAGUCAUUGAUUUUGAAAAGCAACAAUUACUUUCAUUGACAGCUGCUCAAAUUAUAGGGAUUCUCCUUAAAGAUCCUCUGAAUGCUGAAUAUGCAACUGAAACCUCAUUCGUCACACUCCAUGAAAUUAUCAAACAGCACCAUGUGUUAAAGUGGCAACAAACUUCAAACUUGGAUUCCAUCAAAAGAACCAAACGAACAAGAAUGGCAGCUCUCAAAGCAGGCUCACCAAAGAAAGCUCAAAAAGAGCAAGAAAAGGUAGUAGAUGAGGAUGCCAACAUUAAAACAUUCGAGAAGACCACCAUUUCCUUGGCUCUAUCUGCCAUGGUAAAUAUUGUAAAUUACGAGCAUUACAACUUUGAAUUGAAGUAUCACCAAUCAUCCAAUAAGGAAGAAUUUAUAACCAAGAACAAACCAACCCUGUUAUUUGUUAAAUCGAAUAGUAUAGAAACAAUAGAGCGAUUAGUACCUUGCCUAUUGGCAAUAUUAGAACAAGAACGAGAUGAUCUAAUAUCUGGUGAUAUGUGUAACUGUAUUAAAAUGCUGGAAAAGAAUGGAAUUGUGACAAAGUAUGCCUCUUCAGACCCAAGUAAGAAUGCUGAGGCUUGGAACUAUUUCUUACCUGCUCUUAUUAGAUUAUUGAAUUGUCUGACACCAAUCAACAAAUCUUUAUUGAGCGAGCUUAAAGAUGGCCAUCCAGUGUUGGAUUGCACCCUCAUCACUUUACGUUUUUUGACAAAUAUCAGCAAUUGUAAUAAUGAUAUUUGCAACAAAAUUGCCGAAGAAAAUGGUAUUUCUGGAGUGUGUUCUGUUUUAGCCUCAAGUUAUACACAACAUUUCGACAUUCUCACAAUGUCUUUGGCCUUACUUUCAAACAUGACAGAUAGUAGCUGGACUAAUCGAGAGCUAAUAAGAAAUUUCAAGUUUGAAUUUAGAGGAAAGACUAAGAAAUUAUUACAAUUUUUAAUAGAUUUAUUCAAGGAAUAUUAUGCCAAACAAGACUACAAAGAUGAGGAUGAAACAGUUAAUGUAGCAGAGCAAGCAACAACUGAUUCCCAAAGAAGUGACAAUGCAGCUGCGGAGAUUGUGGAUUUAGUUUCGACUGAAAAGAAAGAAAAUGAAAAGAAGGGUGAUUUGAGAAGCAGUCUUAAACAUACGGAAGAUAAUAUCAUCACUUCUUAUUUGGCAAUUCUUAUUGGUUGUUUGUGCAAGGAUCACGAAGCUAACAGGGAAUCCAUUAAGAAAGACCUUCCUGAAAACUCUUUCAUUUCUCUAAUUAUUGCCCUAAAGGCCUUUGUGAUCUACCAAUCCAAAGCACAAUUACUCACAAAAGAAACAUACGACUCAAUCACAACAAUAUUGAAGGACUUGGAAGAAAAUCCAUAA